UGUCUCCAGACCUCUGUAGUCAUUGUUGACCAAUCAGUAUUUUCAGAAUCACACCAGCUCUCUUUUACUCUUGUCAGAUUUCUUCUCUCACAUGGCGACUGAAGAGCCAGAUGCUUCUGAGCAUACAAUAGAAGAAGAGGAUAAUGGAAGGUCAAAUAAAACUGGCGAUGGUAGUGAGAUUGGGAGCAGGGCACAGGUGAAGAGUGAUAGCAGAAGUAAACGAAUCAGUAGAUUUUCUCUGAGGCCUAAGUUUGGAUGCUUGAGAGUUGAAUCGGAGAAGAACGGGAGUGUGGACAUGAAGGUAGAUUUAGCUGGAGAGCCCAGCGAUCCUACUCACCUCGUGAUCAUGAUCAACGGUAUUAUCGGCAGUUCUCAGAACUGGAGAUUCGCCGCAAAACGGUUCUUGAAUAAGUAUCCAAAAGAUCUCAUCGUUCACUGCAGCGAGUCUAAUUGUUCAACAUUGACAUUUGAUGGUGUUGAUGUUAUGGGAGACAGAUUAGCGGAAGAGGUUAGGUCAGUUAUAAGGCGUCAUUCAAAUGUUUGCAAGAUUUCCUUCAUUGCCCAUUCAUUAGGUGGCCUAAUUGCAAGGUAUGCUAUUGCUCGACUUUAUGAACGAGAACCAGUAAAGGACAUUUCCCAACAAAAUGGAGAUGGCACAAAUGAUAAUUUUAAAGAAUCUAGUACAAGAGAGAAAUUCAAAGGAAAAAUUGCUGGACUUGAGCCCAUGAAUUUCAUUACAUCUGCCACCCCGCACCUCGGUUCCAGUGGGCAUAAACAGGUCCCAGUAUGUUGUGGUCUUCAGACCCUGGAGAAAAUAGCAGCUUCUGCAUCAUGGUGUCUUGGCAGAACUGGAAAACAUCUUUUCUUAACUGACAAUGAUGAGGGAAAGCCUCCUCUUCUCUUCCGGAUGGCCAGUGAUUGUGAAGAUCUUAGAUUUAUAUCUGCUUUGGAGUGCUUUGAGCGUCGUGUUGUCUAUGCAAAUGUGCGUUUCGAUCACAUUGUGGGAUGGAGUACAUCUUCUCUUAGACGUAGGCAUGAACUUCCAAAGCUCCAACUUCGUUCAAGAGAUGAUAAGUAUCCACAUAUUAUCAAUGUGGAGACAGCAAAGACAAUGAGUCCUGUUCAAGUUCCAUCAGAUAUCAAAUUCGAGGGGUUAAAAAAUGCCAAUAUUGAAGGUGAUUGUUGUCCUUAUUCAUAAUGGAUUCAGUGAUUGGGUGCGAAUCAUUAGAGUUGCAUUAAUGGUCCUUUUGGUCCACUGGAACGUCCGUUGUUGAGGUUUUCAGAAUGUAAUGGCCUGAACUGGUGAAAAUUAUAAAUAACUUAGUGAUAAAGUUUAGCUCCCAUUGAUGUUUCUUUAUUAUGUCCCCCACUUUCAGAGGUUUCUUUCAACACGAAGAAUCCAUUGGUCAAAGAUAAAAGAGUUGAGGUGCUAAUAAGCUGGAGGAGGAUAACUUAGUAGAGCCAAUUUUAAGGUCUUCUGACCAUCUUUAUGGAGUCUUAAGUGUGUUUUUCACAACAAUGCCUAUGAUGGUAUUGUCAUCUGUUUAUUAUUUAUGUUCUGUAAUUUGAGGAUAAAUGGAUCAUUUAAAAGUUAGCUCAAACAUCCUUUUAUGUUUCUGAUGAUAUGACAUUCAGAAGCCUUUUCCUUUGGUUUUGACUGUUAAAGAAAUGAGAAAAUAUUUCGAAGAUGGCUGCUUCCUUAACUUUCUUUUUUCCUUUUUUGGAGGAAAAGUCUAUGUUUGAAUUUUAUUUUUUCAAACAAAAAUCCUAUGUUUCAAGAGCUUGAAAUCUAGUAGCUAGUUUUAGAUUUUUUUUUCAUAUUCUUCUUAGCUUUAGAGGAUCAUAUCAUUCAUUCUGUUGCUUCUCUAGGCUGUAAAAUCUUUCAUUUGCAUCUGAGGUAUCUCGGUUCAUUUUCAUUGCAUAUUUGCAUUUUGAGCUCUUAAUCUAACAUAGAUCAAUUGUGUGCUUCUUACCCUUUCCCUUUUUGCUGAA